AAUAAUGUUUAAUAGAUGUUUUAAUUGUUUUGGUGGUGAACAAAAACUAGAAAUCAGUGGUCAGAUCAAGAACAGGGAUUAUCCAUGGGAUAUUUACACAUUAAAAGAGCUCGUUAACGCUACAAACAAUUUCCAUAAUGAUAACAAGAUUGGUGAAGGAGGGUUUGGAAGUGUUUAUUGGGGCCGAACAAGUAAAGGCAUCGAGAUAGCAGUUAAAAGGCUAAAGGCAAUGAGUGCAAAAGCAGAAAUGGAAUUUGCAAUAGAAGUUGAGAUACUUGGAAGGGUGAGACAUAAAAAUUUAUUAGGUCUAAGAGGAUUUUAUGCUGGUGAAGAUGAAAGGCUUAUUGUUUAUGAUUAUAUGCCUAAUCAUAGCUUAAUCACUCAUCUCCAUGGCACACUUUCUGCUGAUUGUCUUCUUGAUUGGCCACGAAGAAUGAAAAUUGCUAUUGGAUCUGCUGAUGGAUUAUGUUACUUGCACCAUGAAGCAAACCCUCAUAUCAUACAUAGAGAUAUCAAGGCAAGCAAUGUCCUCUUAGAUUCAAAUUUCCAAGCAAAAGUGGCAGAUUUUGGAUUUGCAAAGUUGAUACCUGAUGGUGUUACACAUCUAACAACAAGGGUUAAAGGAACCCUAGGCUACUUAGCGCCCGAAUACGCGAUGUGGGGGAAAGUCUCUGAGAGUUGUGAUGUCUAUAGUUUUGGAAUAUUACUUCUUGAAAUCAUAAGCGCUCGAAAACCCUUAGAAAAACUUGCUAAUGGUGUCAAACGUGACAUUGUGCAAUGGGCACUUCCAUAUAUACAAAAAGGUGAUUUUAAUCAUAUUGCUGACCCUAGGCUCAAAGGAAAGUUUAAUCUUCAACAAUUGAAGAAUACAAUAUUGAUUGCUAUCAAGUGUACUGAUGGAAAUCCUGAAAAUAGACCAAGUAUGUUACAAGUGGUGGAUUGGCUUAAUAAUAAUAUUGUGAUGGAAAAGAGGAAAAAAGAUAUCAAAAUAGUGAAGAAUAUUAGUACUAGUACUAAUUGUGUUGAUGAAAAUGAGAACAAUGACUAUGUUGGUGAUGAUUAUGACACAAACAAUGAAGGUUAUAUUAAGAGAAAAAAUUAAACUUCAUUCCUCAAUUUUGAA